AUGAGGCCUGCAUUCCUCCUAUGGAGUCUGGUCUACCUUACUUUGUGGACAUCGGCGCAGGCACUCAAAAUCUGCGCGUUCAACGUCCGCAGUUUCGGGGAGACGAAGGCCAACAACAAGAAGGUCAUGGACCUUCUGACCAAGAUCAUUGCUCGCUGUGAUCUGUGUUUAGUUCAGGAGGUACGGGAUGCAAAAGGUGAAGCCAUACCGACAUUGGUGAGGGAACUCAACAGGUAUGACAGAUCUCACUCAUACUCCCACGUAGACAGUAAGAGGCUGGGGAAGAACACUUACAAAGAACAAUAUGUCUACAUAUACAGGAAUGACAUGCUGCAGGUUCGAGACGGCUAUCAACUUCCACAGUAUAAAGAGGAUGGCGGAAGUGACGUAGGCGUCUUCUCCCGAGAACCUUUCGUUGUCCUCUUCCAUUCUCCCAACACCAUAGUUAAAGACUUCAUCCUGGUUGGCCAACACACGUGUCCCAAAAAUGCCAUGAAAGAAAUUGAUGAGCUGUACAGUGUUUUCCAGGAAAUUUCCAAAAAGUGGAAGAAUCAGAAUGUGAUGUUUCUAGGAGAUCUUAAUGCAGCCUGCAGUUACGUGACAGCUAAAGGCUGGAUGAAUGUACGACUGCGGAAUGAUCCCAAGUUCCACUGGCUGAUUGGAGAUGAGGAGGACACCACUGUGCGUGAGAACACGCGUUGUGCAUACGACAGGAUAGUAGUUCAUGGGAAGAAAUUCAUGUCUGGCAUUGUGCCAUGCUCAGCUCAUCCAUUUAACUUCAAAAAAGAGUUUCAUCUUAGCGAACAGGAGGCUUUGGAAAUCAGCGACCACUAUCCUGUAGAAGUUGACCUGAAACCCUCCCACCGUUACUUACUGCGUAAUGAACUCUGAUCCCAUCAGUACUAACA